CUUUGUCUUUUUUAGUACACUGCAAGUUGGUUGGGCGGCUGGCGAAGCUUUUUUUAUUGCCAUUCACUUCUUCCUCAGCUACUGCUGUACAUAUUUACCUCUAUAUCUUCCUUUACUUCCCUGUUUCUUACUGAUAGAAACAUCAAAUACCCACAAAAUUUCCAUGGGAAAGGUUUACCUUCAGUCUCUUCUUUAUCCCCUCUUUCUCAUCCAAUUCCUUUGUCUUCUACUUCUUUCAUCAUUAGUUUACACUUCAGCAACUGAUCCUUACUUCAUAAACUGUGGAUCAAAGUCUGAUGUUAUUGUAGGAGGCCGGACUUUUGUUGGGGAUGACCGGAAUUCUGAUUUUUUUAAGGUAGGGGGAAGCAAAACUGGCAAGAAUAGCUCAGUAUUGCCUGCAGGCACCUCUCCUCUUUAUCAAACAGCAAGAAUUUACAGGCAACAGUCUUCAUAUGAGCUUGAAAUCACCGCUAGUGGAACAUACUUAGUACGUCUUCAUUUCUUUCCAUUCAUCUCUAAAGAGAUGAAUCUUUCUGAUGCUUUGUUUAAUGUUUCAACUUCUUCAAAAUUCUUGCUCUUUAGCGUCAGAAACGCUAGCGAUUUUCCAGUAAUCAAGGAGUAUUUUCUGACUAUAACUGCUGGAAAGUUCAGAAUCUACUUCAUACCUGCUAAAGAAACAUCAUUUGCUUUUGUAAACGCCAUUGAAAUCAUCCUUCUUCCACAGGAUUUCAUCAAUGAUGAAGUCAUUGCAGUCCCUCCCUUAGCUACUGUGAAUGGCUUUUUCUAUGGUUUGUUGUCAAGCUCUUUACAAAUACUUUACAGGAUCAAUGUUGGAGGUGAAGUGGUUCAUAGAAAUGAUGAUGAUCCCCCACUCUGGAGGGAGUGGGUUGGGGAUGAUCAGUACCUAGUUUCAGGGGCUUCUGCAAAAAACUCUGGAUAUUUUCCUGGCAGUCUUAAGGAGCAAAAUGGCGCCAGAAUUAAAGCUUUUGCCCCAUCUUUCGUGUACAAGACUUGCAAACAUAUGAACUCGAACAUUGCAAUCAUAACUUGGCAAUUCAAUGUCAAAAAGAAAGUUAAGCAUUUUGUUCGCUAUCAUUUCUGCGAUAUUAUCAGCAAGGCAAUUGGUACUUCGGAGUUUGAACUUUAUAUUUAUUCAAAUUUCAGUUAUAAGAUUGCUUUUGAUUCUCCUAUAACUACUCAUCUGGAAACUCCAUACAUCCUUGAUUUUGUGGUUGAUUCUGAUGAUUCUGGGUAUAUGAAAAUUAGUAUAGGUCCUAGCAGCAGUUUUGAAACUAAAGAUGCUUUUCUAAAUGGAUUGGAGAUUAUGGAAUUCCUGACAAAUACAACUCUAGAAUUAGAGGAUUCUAUAGAUGGACAUCCAGGCAAAGAUACUGGUCUGAUGAUUGGCUUAUCGGUAGGGGGUGUCGUUUUAUUGUUCAUUCUGAUAAUCUUGCUCCUGUUUGUUUUGAGACGUAGGAGAGCUAAGCCUGAAACAACUUUGGUUCUUAGGGAUGAGGAUCCUCACGAAAGAGGUAGGACUCGCAGUUGGAUAACAGCAACAAAUGACAACUCUACCUCCCCUCUUCCUAAUUUGAACCUCAAAUUAAAGAUGCCAUUAUCUGAAAUUCUAGCUGCUACUAGCAACUUUGACAUCAAGUUGUUGAUUGGUGAAGGUGGAUUUGGUCAAGUUUACAAAGGAACUCUUUCAGAUGGCAUGGAAGUAGCUGUGAAACGAAGCGAUUCAAGUCAUGGCCAAGGUCUUCCAGAAUUCCAAACUGAGGUUACAGUUCUAUCCAAAAUUCGUCAUCGCCAUCUGGUUUCAUUAAUUGGGUACUCCAAUGAAGGAUCUGAGAUGAUAUUGGUUUAUGAGUUUAUGGAAAAGGGGACUCUAAGGGACCACCUAUAUAUCUGGAAAGAAACUUCAGAGAAUGCAUCUACAAUACCACAAUUGACUUGGAACCAAAGGCUUGAAAUUUGCAUAGGUGCAGCAAAGGGUCUUCAUUACCUUCAUACUGGUUCAGACUGGGGAAUUAUUCAUCGUGAUGUUAAGUCAACAAACAUAUUGCUUGAUGAACAUUAUGUUGCCAAAGUUGCUGAUUUCGGUCUUUCACAAUCAGGUCCACCUGAUGCAGAUCAUAGCAACAUGCAUCUUAUUGGUAGUUUUGGAUAUCUUGAUCCUGAAUAUGUCAGAACUCUUCAGUUAACUUAUAAGUCUGAUGUGUACUCCUUCGGCGUAGUACUUCUUGAAGUGCUUUGUGCUCGUGCACCUAUAAUAAACUCAUCUAGGGGGGAGGAAAUAAACUUAGCUGAAUGGGGGAUGUUUUGGCACAAGAAAGGGCAACUAGAAAAAAUUGUUGAUCCUCUAUUGGCUGGUCAGAUUAAUCCUAAUUCACUGAGAAAGUUUGGCGAAAUAACUGAAAGGUGUUUGAAAAUAGAAGGAGCUGACAGGCCUACAAUGCUUGAUGUAUGCUGGGACUUGGAAUAUGCACUGCAGUUACAACGAACGGCAGUACACAGAGAACCACAUGAGUGCAGCGAAAUAGAUGUUUCAUCAAAUUAUAUAUUUCCUGCGAGUUCUACACAUUUCCCCAGUGAAGAGGACUGUCCUUCCAAUGACGAUGAUGACUUCGAGUCGAAGCUUGUCCCAGUCAAUGAUUGAUGGUCCUAGGUAGUCUCCACAAGUCAGUAAUUAGGUAUUCAUUGUUUACUGCUUCAAUUAAUGUUGUAUAAUGUAUUCCUAACUCAGACUCUUUAUCAGUAUGUAUGGAUGCUCUUGUGAAUUGAAGAAUUGAGUAAAAUAUCCAAAUUAAGAACUAGAAAUUUCAAAAA